CGAAUUUGCAAUGUAAAGCAAAUGGUCUGCCUAGCACGAAAGAACUGGCUCGAGAAGUCCUGUGACUGCAUGCCCCUCUGCAAGGAGAUCAGCUUUACUGUCACCGAGAAAAAGGAAAUAAAUGGCGUUAGUGGCUUUGAGGGCACCAUAGUUAUAACUCAGCAACUCCCGAAGAUGGGCAUCAAGCGCCGCGUUGUCUUUAGCAUGGAUCAGCUGAUCAUGUCGAUUGGAGGUGCCAUAGGCCUCUUUCUAGGUGCCAGCUUUAUGACCAUCUAUGGGUUGAGCUAUCUGGUCAUGUACUAUCUGGUUGUCAAAUGCAAAUAUCGACUUAAACUCAAGCGGGAUCAGAAUGCGUCUAUCAAAAUCGCAUAGAUAUGAGCUUUACUGUUGGACUAACAGAUAAACAGUAAC